AUGCAGGAACUUUUUGGCGGGGAAAUAAAGAUUAUAAAUAUAAUAAUAAUAAUAAAAGUUCCUUUGUUGGGAAAUAAUGAAAAUAAUGUAAACAAAUUAAAAGGAAAUAAUGGAGGAGACGGAUUGGUUUGUGCUAGACAUUUGAAGUUAUUUGGCUACAACGUUACUAUUUGCUACCCAAAAAGAACAGAUAAAGAAAUUUAUAAAAGAUUAUUAAAUCAGUGCGUUGAAAUGGAUAUUGAGGUUAUAAAAAAUUAUGAAGGAAUUAGUGCUGAAGACAUACGGAAAAACUAUGCUCUUGUGGUCGAUGCUUUAUUUGGAUUUGGCUUUCGUGGACCGCUGCGAGCUCCGUUUGAUAGUAUUAUAAAGGAACUUACCGACUCCAAAGUUAAACUUUGCAGCAUCGACGUUCCUUCCGGCUGGAAUAUCGACUCUGAAGAGGGCAGCGUCGGAAAUGAGUCAUUGAUUCAACCAACCAUGUUAAUUUCUUUAACCGCUCCUAAACUUUGUAGCAAGAACUUUAAAAAUUGUCACUAUUUAGCUGGAAGAUUUCUCCCUCCAAAAUUGGAAAAAGAUUUCAAUCUAAAUCUUCCCUGUACUCCACCUGGAAAACUUUUUAUGAAAAUUUAA